CAUCAAAGUCUUCUACUUCAUCUUUUUUGGUGACUAAAUAGGAUCGCCAGGAAAAUGGCGUCUUUCUAUUUCACUGCAAUUCUCAGCUCUUUGGUUUACUCCAUCGCGUUUCUCAAAUCAACCACUGGAGCAGAUCAUUCACUUUUCAACAACCAAACCCUUGCUAUUGGCCACACUUUGGUUUCUGAGACCCAAGUUUUUGAGCUCGGGUUUUUCCGCCCUGGAAAAUCAGCGAAUUUGUUCUUAGGGAUAUGGUACAAAGCCAUACCUGAUACAGUAGUUUGGGUUGCAAACAGAAACAAUCCCAUCACUGAUUCACAAGGAGUCGUCUUCGCAGUUGCUGGAAACGGCACUCUCCUUAUAAGCACAAGUGGAAGCGUUAUCUGGUCGGCGAAUCCAUCAACGGCGGCAUCGCGUCCAGUUGUACGGCUCCUAGAAACUGGAAACCUAGUUGUUGUGGACGAGGCGACGGAGGAAGGCUUCUACAUAUGGCAGAGUUUUGAUUUCCCCACUGACACGUGGCUAUCAGGGAUGAAGAUGGUAGAUGACCUUGAUGCCGGCGUUAGCACGAACUUGACAUCAUGGAGAAAUUGGGAUGAUCCUUCACCCGGAGAUUUCUUCGCGAAGAUCGAGAGCCAUGCCAUGGGUGAGAUGGUGAUGUACAGAGGCACAAGGAAGAGAUUUCGAACUGGAAAGUGGAAUGGCAUUUAUUUCAACGGUAUGCCUCGCUUCCGCAGUACUGUCCCCGCAACUGAAUUGAUCUUCAAAGAAGAGCGGUUGAUAUCUAUCAAAAUGCCUUAUCAAAGCUCAAUUAUCGUACGAGCAACAUUAGACGUAUCUGGCUCAAUACUCCACUAUAUUAUGAAUCCAGGGAAGGAUAGGUGGAAUCCUGUGUACCCGUUUCCACGAGACGAAUGCGACGAGUAUGGUUACUGCGGUCCCAACGCCAUCUGCGCGGUUGAAAAGGCACAGAGAUGCGACUGUUUCAAAGGAUUUUCCCCCAAGUUUAGGAAGGAAUGGGAGCUUCAAGACUGGUCUAAUGGAUGUGGUAGAGUUAGGGCGUUGAAUUGCGAGAGUGGAGAUGGCUUUGUAGAGGUUAGAGGGGUGAAGUAUCCUAAUAUGCUGAGAUACUGGUUGAAUACUAGCAUGAGCCUUGAGCAGUGCAAAGCUGAGUGCUUGAAAAACUGUAGCUGCACCGCGUAUGCUCAUCCAUACAUAAGUAAUGGAGGCAGAGGCUGCUUGAUGUGGUAUGGGGAUCUCCUUGAUGCCAGAGAGCUUCCUGCAACACAUGUUCUGCAUAAAAUCUAUAUUCGCCUACCACUUUCAGAACUAGAUUUUAACUCCAAUUUGGAGACGAAGAAAGCGCCAACAAAUUUAAUACUAAUAUCAAUUGCUACUGGAGUAAUUGUCUCGAGUUUUAUCAAUGGAGGUUUACUUAUACUGACAAGAAGGAAUAAGCGAGCACUAAAGAGGAAUAACGAGGAUAUAGAAUUGCCUUUGAUCAAAAUGGCAGCUAUUCUAGAAGCAACAAACAAUUUCUCCAAAGAGAACAUGAUAGGAUUAGGAGGUUUUGGUCCUGUUUAUAAGGUAAUUAACCUUGACACAUUCUUCAACUUGAGCAUUGCUUCUAUUUUGCAGACAUACUUACUCCUAUAUUAUGAUGCAUAGCAGGGCAAUCUAUCAGAAGGAGAAGAAGUCGCAGUCAAAAGAUUGUCAAA